AUGCUGGAAAGUCCUGCUGGCAAGUUGACCGUGGUGCGGACACUUCGGGCACCACAGCUGCAACUGGUAGCAAACGUUUUCCGCGAGAAGAGCAUGAAUGUCUAUGAAGAAGCCCUCGUGCGGCUGGGCAAAAUCACUCCCGAUCUUGCCGACUUCGAGGACUCCGUUACCGCACCCGACGCCGCGCACAAGCAGUCAUCCAAGAAGAAGGAAUCUCACGAAUCUCAUGUGGAACGCAAAAAGGAGAAAGCAUCUCAGGCUGACUCCGGCAUCGCCGCAGAGCGCGACGGCAAGGUUCGCCGGAUCUUUCCGUUCAGCUUGCGGACCGAAGCUGUUCCAGAGCUCGACCUUGUGACGUCCGACAAUGACUGA